AUGUCUGAGACAAUAGCUGACAGUGUCACCUUUGACAUUGUUAUGAUGCUUAAGAGCUUGUCUUCUACACCUUCAAAGCCCUCAAUGUUUAGAGUUGGUGAUCAUUUACGCAGCAUAAAUCCAGAGGCUUACGAUCCAAAAAUAAUAGCCAUUGGCCCAUUUCACCGCGGGAAACCUAACUUGCAGAAGAUGGAGCAACACAAAGUCAGAUAUCUAAAGCUGUUUCUUAAAAGAGGACAAGGGUCGAGUGUAGAAAGAUAUGUUACGACAAUAAUACAAUACAAAGACAGGGCACGGAAAUGUUAUGAUGAAGACAUCCACCUUGAUGACGAUGAGUUUGUGAAAAUGUUGAUUCUUGAUGGUUGUUUUAUCGUCGAAUUUCUCCUCAAGUAUCAACACAUUGUAUGUAUGGAUCGAGAUGACCCCAUUUUCCGGUAUGGACAUAUACUAAAUCAAUUGUUUCAUGAUCUAAUGCUGUUUGAGAAUCAGAUUCCAUUUUUCAUCGUUGAUUGUUUGUUCAACAUGAUCAGUGAGGGUGAGGGAGACGACAUUAAAUCUCUAAUGUGGCCUUUGCCACAAAAUAGCAUUUUCCCAGUGCGAAGGGAAGAUCUUUCGGAAGUCCCUAUUAAUGCUCACCAUCUUCUUGGCAUUGUACAUUACAUCCAGUGUUCUUCAUUUGUACGGAAUUCUUCAGAUCCACAUAUCGUGGUGAAUAUAAAUUCAGCUGUAGAGCUCGAGAAGGCAGGGAUUUCCUUCCAAAAGAGGAAAGGUGAUAGCUUCUUUCAUAUUGAAUUCGAAAAUAAAGUUAUGAAGAUUCCAAAAUGGAAAAUUUCUGAUUCAACAGAAUCAUUGUUCCGAAAUUUGAUUGCAUAUGAGCACUACGACACAGACAGUCCUCAAAAAUGUGUGACGGAUUAUGUAUUCUUCAUGCAUUGUCUCGUCCAUUCCCCUGAAGAUGCAGAAGUGUUGCAACGUUCAGGAAUCAUUAGCAACUUUUUGGGGAGCGAAGAAAUGGUUUAUCGUGUAAUCAAUCGGCUAGGCAAGAGUAUCACAGGUUCUGAUGAGUUUCCAUAUUCUCGUAUUUUCUCCGAUGUAAAUGAUCAUUGCGCCAAAAUAAGGAAUAGAUGGAUAGCAACAUUAAAGCAAGAAUAUUUUGACAAUCCAUGGACAGCCAUUUCAGUCUUUGCUGCCAUUACCCUGCUCGUGCUCACCAUCACACAGACUGCAUUUGCUAUUCUCUCAUACCGCGAUGAUCUCAUUAACAGGGAUUGA